AUGGGACCUCUGAUCAAAUGUCAAAUACAUGAUAAUAUUAUCAGACGAGGAACGUUUGCAUUGUAUUCUCUUAUAUGCCGAUAUGCAAAGGUUGGAUUGACCCCAAACGAACAAGCUGAGGACACCAACAUUUCAAAUUUUAAGCUUGAGUUACCGAGUAGACGCUUGAAACGAGCAACAUGGAUUAAAUCUAGACUUGAGAAUAGCAACUUUGCCAAGUACUUCCUAUUGUUGGUCACCAUGCUUGGCACUUCCAUGUUGAUUGGUGACGGUAUCUUCACUCCUUGCAUUUCAGUUUUGUCGGCCGUUGGAGGUAUUAAGGAAGCUACGCCUGCUAUGACACAAGAUAGAAUUGUUUGGAUAUCAGUAGUCAUCUUGAUCGGUCUAUUUAUGGUUCAAAGAUUUGGAACUCACAGAGUGGGCUAUUCUUUUUCUCCAAUACUUUUUCUAUGGUUUGUACUUAUUGGUUGCAUUGGACUCUACAAUUUCAUCAAGUUCGACUCGACAAUCAUUAAAGCCCUAAACCCGAGCUACAUAGUAGCUUAUUUUAUCAGAAAUAAAAAAGAAGCUUGGUUUUCUCUUGGUGGCACUGUACUAUCCAUAACAGGAGCCGAAGCUUUGUUUGCUGACGUGGGACACUUCACAGUGAGGUCCAUUCAAAUAAGCACUUGUUUUGUAACCUACCCAUCUAUUAUUCUAGCCUAUGCUGGACAAUCUGCUUUCCUUCGCAAGCACCCUGAUACUGUUUCUGAUAUCUUUUUUAAGUCAAUUCCAGAAUCUAUAUAUUGGCCAAUGUUUGUGUUGGCUGUAUUGGCCGCAAUCAUAGCUAGUCAGUCUUUGAUAUCUGGAUCUUUUUCUAUAAUCCAACAAUCCCUUUCUUUGGGGUGUUUUCCACGUGUGAAGAUUGUUCACACAUCGGCAUAUCACAAAGGACAAGUUUAUAUUCCCAAAGUCAAUUACCUUCUCAUGGUGGCUUGUGUCACUGUCACUUUAGGCUUUAAAACCACUGUGCAACUCGGCAACGCCUAUGGUUUAGCGGUGGUGGUUGUGAUGACCAUCACAUCGUGCCUUCUAGUGCUAAUAAUGGCAAUGAUAUGGAAAACUCACAUACUUCUCAUAAUCUUAUACAUUAUUACCAUUGGUGCCAUGGAGUUUGUGUACAUGAGCUCAGUUCUCUACAAAUUUGACCAAGGAGGGUACCUUCCUGUUGUCUUUGCCGCAGUACUAGUUGGAAUAAUGUUUGUUUGGCAUGACGUGUUCCGAAGAAAGUAUAAUUAUGAAUUUGAAAAUAAGAUUUCUCCACAGAAAAUUAACGAUAUUGUGAAUGACAUAAAGCUUACACGAAUGCCUGGCAUUGCCUUAUUCUAUUCUGAACUUGUUCAAGGAAUUCCUCCAAUUUUCAAGCAUUAUGUGCAAAAUGUGCCUGCAUUACACUCAGUCCUUGUCUUUGUUUCCAGCAAAUCGCUACCGAUGAGUAAGGUUCCGCCGGAGGAUCGAUUUCUCUUUUGCAGAGUUGAACCUAAGGAGUUGAACAUGUUUCGUUGUGUUGCAAGGUAUGGCUACAGAGAUUCUCAUAAGGAGUCUGAACCCUUUGAAAAAAUAUUGCUUGGUAAACUAAAGGAGUUUAUCAUGAAGAAGAGUGCUGAAGAAUUGAAUAAUGGUGAUGGAGAUGAAAAUAUUGUGGAACAAGGUGUGGUGAUCACCAAGGAAAUGUUAGAAAAUGAAAUUGAAACACUUGAAAAAGUCUUCAACCAUCAUGGUGUUGUCCAUUUGAUGGGAGAAACCAAAGUAUUUGCUGGUGUAGGAACCAAUGUUUGUAAGAGAUUCUUAAUUAAUUAUGCUUACGAUUUUCUGGAAAAGAAUCUAAGCCAAAAUAGUAACCAAGGUUUUAGUAUUCCUCACAAACGUAAGGUCAAAGUGGGCAUGACUUAUGAACUGUGAUUAAUUAGUUAAGGAGAUGUCUCAGUAGAAUAUCUUUUUAUUUAAUUGUUUUUUUGUUUUUCAUAAAUAGAGAUGUUCCUCUAUUCUCUGUUAUUUUGUUGGACUACA